GCACGUGGCCCUGUCCUGCCGCGCUCCUCGGCGCCGCUGCGGCCCCGGCUGUGACCGACUCUCGCUGACCCGGCCCCGCGCCUCUGCCCGCCAUGCUGGUGCUAUUCGAGACCGCGGCCGGAUACGCCGUCUUCAAGGUCCUGGAUGAGAAGAAACUUCAGGAAGUUGACAGUUUAUGGAGAGAAUUUGAAACACCUGAAAAGGCAAAUAAAAUAGUGAAGUUGAAACACUUUGAAAAGUUUCAGGACACAACAGAAGCCCUUGCUGCAUCCACAGCUCUGGUAGAGGGCAAGCUCAGCAAGAACUUGAAGAAAAUUCUAAAGAAGAUAGUGGCAAAAGAUGCCCAUGAACAGUUGGCCAUAGCAGAUGCCAAACUCGGCGGUGUCAUAAAGGACAAGCUGAACUUAAGUUGUAUUCAUAGCCCAAUGGUUACUGAACUGAUGAGAGGAAUUCGUUCUCAAAUCGAGGGGCUUAUCACUGGCCUUCCAUCGCGGGAAAUGGCAGCUAUGUGUUUAGGAUUGGCACAUAGCCUCUCCCGAUACAAGCUGAAAUUCAGCCCAGACAAAGUAGAUACAAUGAUUGUCCAAGCAAUCUCCCUUCUUGACGACCUAGAUAAAGAGCUGAAUAACUAUAUCAUGCGCUGUAGGGAAUGGUAUGGCUGGCACUUCCCUGAACUAGGCAAAAUCGUCACAGAUAACCUAACAUACUGUAAAUGUGUGCGGAAAGUUGGAGACAGAAGAAACUUUUCUACCUCCGACCUCUCGGAAGUCCUGCCAGAGGAGAUUGAGGAGGAUGUGAAGGCUGCUGCAGAGAUCUCCAUGGGGACAGAAGUAUCAGAAGAAGACAUAAACAAUAUACUGCAUCUCUGUGACCAGGUGAUUGAGAUCUCACAGUAUCGAACACAGCUGUAUGACUAUCUCAAGAACAGAAUGAUGGCCAUCGCACCUAACCUCACUGUUAUGGUCGGGGAAUUAGUUGGAGCGAGGCUUAUUGCUCAUGCAGGUUCCCUUUUGAAUCUGGCUAAACAUCCAGCUUCCACUGUUCAGAUUUUGGGUGCUGAAAAAGCACUUUUUAGAGCCCUGAAGACUAAACGGGACACACCCAAGUUUGGCCUGAUUUAUCAUGCUUCCCUUGUGGGACAAACUGCUGCAAAAAACAAAGGAAAGAUCUCUCGAAUGCUAGCAGCCAAAACUGCAUUGACUAUUCGUUAUGAUGCCCUUGGAGAAGACUCCAGUGCUGAAAUGGGAGCUGAGAACAGAUUAAAAGUAGAGACUAGACUGAGACACUUGGAAGAGAAAGGGAUAAGAAGAAUAAGUGGCACAGGAAAGGCCUUGGCCAGGGCAGACAAAUAUCAGCACAGGAGUGAAGUGAAGGUAUAUGACCCCUCUGGUGACUCUACGCUCCCUGCUGUUCCAAAAAAACGUAAAAUUGAAGAGGUGGAAGAAGAGGAGACGCAGGUUACAGUAAAAGCAAAGAAGAUCAAAGUAGAAAUUAAAGAAGAGGAAGAUGUAGAGGAAGGUGAACUGGUCAAAAAGAAGAAAAAGAAAAAGGAAAAAAAACAGAGAGCUGAGGAAGAAGCAGCUUUGGCUGAAGAGCCAUCCACUAGCACAGCGGUGGAGAGUACAGAGAAAAAGAAGAAAAAGAAGAAAAUCAAAGUAGAGCAAGAGGAUUAGUGGGGGAGAAGCAAUUCAUUUGGACACUUCAGUUCAGAAUAUAUUCCCUAGAAUACUUUCUCUUUAAAUACUUGCUCAAACACCAUAACUUCCCCCAAUAAUGGGAGAGGGCAGGUGGAAGAUGAAUUUGAUAAGUCUUUGCUGUCUCUUCCUCAGAACAAAAUAUUUAAUUUGUUUUUGGCUCCUUAGGUGGACCACUGCCUUAUUGCAGUUUCAUUAAUUGAGAAGGUCACAAUAAGUCUUUGUUCAUAUGUGGUCUUUUGUGAUACUGAAUAAAAACCUUCUUUUUGUAUCUAUCUGGA